AUGCCGCAGGAUGAAGCACGGCGGAGAGCCUUGUGUGAGUACUCGAGCUGCCUGCUGCUCCUGCCCCACAGUAACGUUGCAAUGAGAAGAGAUGUCCAAGAGGGCCAGGCCCGGUGUCUGGCUCGCCUGGGAAGGCACAAGGAGGCUCUGGAUAUUGCAGAAAAACUGAGAAGUGGUGCUACUAAUACAGAUCACUUAACAACUGUUCUCAACCUGCAAUUUGCCAUUUAUCAGGGCGUGGAAAAUGUAGGAAAAGAGAUUACGUGUCUGCAGCAACUGAUCUGCUUGCACCCCUUCAACCCCUGGUACUGGAAGUCUCUUGCUGAAGCCUACACGAGCCUUUUGCAGAACCUGCCUCCAUCAUUCACUCCAGAAACGAAACUAAGUCACUCCGAAGAGGUUGGAAUAAGUGACAGUAAAUUCAAAGCAGCGACUGGAGGAGGGGGUAGUUUGCAGUCUCUCAGAUCAGAGAGCCAGAAGGAAUGGUUUUGGCCCAGCCUUGCUGUAGAAACUAACAAUCAGAAUCCAGUAACUUGUAGCAACAGGCAAAUAAUAAAGGAAUUCUGCACUUCCGAAGAAGCUGAAAGAAGGGACCAAGGGAAACGAAAAACAUCCGAGCCCUGGGAGCAGGACACUUUGAAGAAAGCUGGGGUAAAGGCCUGUGCCUCGUUUAUUAGAGCAAGGCUUUUACUUCAGCUCGCCCAGUUGCAACAGGCGUCCUUUGUUCUGGAGAAAAACACCAGGAGUCAGAAAGAGAUUGAGGACAGAGUGAAACACUUGGGUUUCACAGCGAGCUCCAUGCAGGCCAUGACCCAGGUUAUGGGUGCGGAUCUUCUACCAGAAAACAUAAAAGAGGAGUUUCAGGGAGAGGUCAGGUGCAUGGACUCCUCAGCGCUGUCGUCACUGGUUGCCGCGUCUGCUACAGAAUUUGAAGCAAAAUGGUUCAGAAAUCUCCAAGAUGAUUUAUGUCACUCUGACACACAAUUUUAUUCAGAUUCAUGUAGCCCAUCUUCAGUAAUUUAAAGGUUUUAUUUUAUUUAUUCUCUUAGCUUCAGGUGAUGAUGGAGUGAUAUAUGCAAUA